GAAGAAGAAGAAGUUGCUUUGGCAAAGGCUGUACAGAAGAGUGUCAAGUCCCUCAACAAACCAAAUCAAGACGAGCGUAUCGCCAACCGUGCAUUCGAUCGCCGCAUCCAGAUGGAGUUUGGGCAGGAUGAGAGUGGGGAUGAUGGCGACGAUAGUGAAGUGGAGGUGCGGGACCAGGAACUCCAGGACGACCCGAUCAAAGUCGAGAGCAAUGGCAUUGCCCGUGCCGUAGAUUGGGGGUAUAUGAAACUGGAAGGUGUUGCCAGACGCGAAUUGCCGGAAGAUCGCUAUCUCCGCCGUCGGGAAGAGAAUAUCCUGAAGAGACGAUCUGGUCGCAGGCGGCUUACUCAGGCCGAGCGGAACUCGAUCUCCCUCAAGCUUCACCACCCUGAACUCCGCGAUUGCUGGGGCGACCUCGCGUCUUCCAUUCCGAUCAUAGUUCCCGAGCGCGCGCCUCAGCCCAAGUCGCUCAAGGUUACUCUCCUGCCCUUCCAACAGGAGAGUCUGUACUGGAUGCGCAAACAGGAAGAAAGUGUUUGGAAGGGUGGCAUGCUAGCCGACGAGAUGGGGAUGGGCAAGACUAUCCAGACGAUUGCUCUGCUCGUGCACGAUCGCAGGAAGCCAAAUCUUGUGGUCGCACCCACUGUCGCAAUCAUGCAAUGGCGCAACGAGAUCGAAGCCAACACGGAGGACUUCAAGGUUUGCAUCUGGCAUGGGUCGUCUCGAUCAAACGACGUCAAGGAGCUACAGAAGUAUGACGUUGUAUUGACGACUUAUGCCGUACUUGAGUCUUGCUAUCGCAAACAGCAGACCGGGUUCAAGCGGCAGGGAAAAAUAUUGAGAGAACCCAGUGCAUUGCACCAGAUCCAUUGGAAGAGGGUCAUUCUCGAUGAAGCUCACAACAUCAAAGAGCGCGCCACGAACACAGCGAAGGGUGCCUUCGAAUUGAACAGCGACUAUAAAUGGUGCUUGUCAGGCACCCCCUUGCAGAACCGGGUCGGAGAAUUGUACAGCUUGGUUCGCUUCCUCGGUGGAGAGCCUUUUUCGCACUACUUCUGCAUGCGCUGCGAUUGCAAGUCUCUCCAUUGGCAAUUCACAGAUCGGCGUACCUGUGACCAAUGUGGUCAUAGUCCGAUGAAUCAUACCUGUUUCUGGAACAACGAGAUUCUCUCCCCCAUUCAGAAGUACGGAAUGGUUGGCGUGGGCAGGGUAGCAUUCAAAAAGCUCAAAAUUCUCCUGGAUCGCAUGAUGCUUCGCAGAACCAAGCUGGAACGAGCAGACGACCUGGGUCUACCGCCCCGUACCGUGACUGUUCGCCGGGACUACUUUUCACCUGAGGAGAAGGAGCUCUACCAGUCGCUGUUCACCGAUGCCAAGAGGCAGUUCUCGACGUACGUUGAUCAGGGUACCCUAUUGAAUAACUACAGCAAUAUUUUCAGUCUGAUUACUCGGAUGAGACAGAUGGCCUGCCAUCCUGAUCUUGUCCUCAAGAGCAAGACUAACAAGGCCUUGUCCAGUGACAUUGUUGAAGCAACUGUGUGUCGUCUCUGCAACGACAUCGCAGAGGACGCCAUCAAAUCUCGCUGCAACCAUAUCUUUGAUCGUGAGUGUAUCAAGCAGUACCUCAACACCUCGGUGGAGCAUCAGCCGCAUUGUCCGGUCUGUCACUUGCCGCUGUCUAUCGAUUUGGAAGCUCCGGCUCUGGAAGACCAGGCCGAAAUUAACUCCAAGGCUAGACAGGGUAUCCUUGGACGACUCAAUGUGGAUGAAUGGCGCUCUUCAUCCAAGAUCGAGGCUCUCGUUGAAGAACUCAGCAACCUCCGCAAACAAGAUGCAACUACCAAAAGCAUCGUCUUUAGCCAGUUUGUCAACUUCCUUGAUCUUAUCAAUUUCCGCCUCCAGCGUGCUGGUUUCACGGUGUGUCGCCUGGAAGGGACAAUGAGUCCGCAAGCAAGAGAUGCUACGAUCAAGCACUUCAUGAAUAACGUCAAUGUGACCGUCUUCCUUGUGUCCCUUAAGGCUGGUGGAGUCGCUCUCAAUUUGACAGAGGCAUCCCGCGUGUACUUGAUGGAUAGCUGGUGGAACCCUGCUGUUGAAUAUCAAGCUAUGGAUCGCAUCCAUCGUCUCGGACAACAUCGUCCCGUUCAAGCAAUCAAACUCGUCAUUGAGGACAGCAUCGAGAGCCGUAUCGUUCAGUUGCAGGAAAAGAAGUCUGCUAUGGUCGACGCUACCCUUCAGAGGGACGAGUCUGCUAUGGGUCGCUUGACCCCUGAGGACCUUGGUUUCCUGUUUAGACUCUGAUUCAUUUCUUUCUCUGGCAUUCUAUUUGUACUCCACUUGCAUGUUUCCUUCCUGUAUGUUCAACUAAUGGCCCAUCAAGUGGCGUUGAGCGUCCAGUAGAUUACCACCGAGCCUUGCAAUGCAUAACGUUC